AUGUGGCCAGAAAAGGCACCCAGGGAUCCAAAGUCAGGAAACUUUUUUAGCAAUACAAUUGAUGGAUUCUUCAGAUAUUUCCGCAACAUUCAACGUCAACCCGUGCCGCUUCAGAUUGGAAUAGGAGCAUCUGGAGGAAUGUAAGUUAAUAUUUGUGGUUUUAUUGUUCAAAAUUUAGUGUUACUGGAUAUGUGUUUACAAGAACAUCUAAAUUCUUUGCUGCUAUGUUGGGAUGCACGCUUUUGAUUCUACAGGUAAGAGUUCUUGAAGUUUAGGUUGUUUUAGGUAUUCACUAUGGUUUCGAUAGUUGUUAGACAUAAAAGUUAAUUUUGGCGUAGAUUUUUAUUAGUUUUUGGUAAAAGAUGUAUUUUUUGAAACUAGUUAAACUUUUACUUAAGAAUUUACUGCCAAAGGCUUCCUACUUUUAACUCAAAAAUCUUAUUUUAGUUCUUCAACUACCGCGGUUACAUAAAGCUGAACAAAAGCCAAUUCCAACAAGAUCUAGACGACAUUACAGAUCAUUUGAGGUCACAAUUGGGUGCAACCAAGUCUUCGUUACCAUCCAGUCGCGAACUGGACGACUUUGUAACCAAGAACGCCUACCUUUUCACUGGAUUCAUUGGAGGAUCGUUGAUUGGUUACGGAUUCGCGUAG